GCGAGUUUGUGCACGAGACUGUUAUCGACGCAGGAAGGCUGCUAGAGCGCUAUGUACAAGCGUCAGCAUUAUGCGCUUGAGCACUCGGAGAGGAAUUCUGCGUCCUCUGGCUCUUCGUCCUCGUCCCUCGAUACUGCUUCCGAUGCGGAUUCCGGCGGACCCGAGCAGGUCGACGACGCUGCGUGGCCAGCGUCCAGCCACGAAAGCGACGAGAGCUCCCAAGAGGAGGAAGUAGUGGAGGUUGAGAGUUCUACCUCAGUCGCGGAGAGGAGGGCUGCGGCCAUUCGAAUUGCCGAGAGGAAACUCGCAGAGGCAUCUGAAGACGUCGGCGAAUUCGGAGAGGGGAUUGACAAAGCGCUUAAGGAAUCUGAAUUGGGGAAGUCAGGGGAUCAAGCCGCAGGGUCCGGCGCCGAGAGUUCAGACGAAUCAGAAGAUGAUCCCGAUCUUGGUUCAGCAGAUCUAAAGAAUGGAACUUUGGCACAUGAGGAUGACUCGCCUGAGGAGUCAAGCGAUGUGGAUCGUUCCGAGGAGUUGUUGGCUCAAAGAAAGGUCUCUUGUCAGUGGGCCGAAGCCGUUGAAGAAGAUGAAGAAGAAAGGGUUUUGGACAGGUUUGAGGGCAAUACCGUGAUUUGCAUUGGGGACGAGAAAAAGAUUCUCAAGUGUAGGUUAUGUCCAAAAGUGCUGUGCUUGAAGGAGGAGACAAUGCAAGCCCAUCUUGUUUCUAAGCGCCAUGCCAGGUCCAUGAAGCAGCUGGCUGAAGGGAAGUUAAAGAUUCAACUGGAUAGCGAUGGCGAGGAAGAAGAGGAAGGUGAAACCCACGCUGAGCGAUACGCACGUACGAUGGCAGCUGCCGAGGAGCUCAAGGUCAUCUCGAGGAAGAGGAAACGAGAUUCGGGUCGACAACGGCAACGUAAUAGAGAAGUUGUAAAGAAAAAGGCUGCCAUGAAACCGGAGAUUGCAGUUCCAGCUGUUGUUGGGAAAAACCGUAAAGAAAGGAGAGCCAUUGUCCACGGUGAUUUGAACGAAUCCAAGACUGCGACCAGUACUAAACCGAAGGGAAAGGUUAAGAAGGAGAUAAGUAGCAGGAUAGUCCCAGAGAAGAAAGAAACGAAUAGGAAGAAUAGGCGUCCGAGACAUACGUAGUGCGGUCAAUUGAGAAGUAGCAUACAGAGCCCGUGUUUUUGUGAAUACCUCCGGGAUGUACCCAAGUCAUUGUGCGUUUGACGUUUUGUAAGUCAAGAAAUAAUUUUUAACUAUGCCUGUCACAUUUCUCUCAUUGUCACUCCUUAGCACGGGCAGGCAGGUUUUCUCACAUUGUGAAUUGCAUCUUAACGCAAGAAAAGUAUUUCUUUGGGUUCUGUUGCAUCGAGUGUGGGACUCUUUACGCUCUAGAGCAAAUCAGACGAGUUGUUUUCGUUCUUACUGAAUAUGCUAAAUGCCGCGCAAUUAGUCACCAUCACUGUCGACUUGACAGCGGGGCUACUGUUUUAUAAACUGGUCCCUGCUGAUUGACACAUUCGAGUGUGUGCCUACUCUUCCCAGCUCUCUACUGGAAGAUUUGUCGCUUGUUAACCGGUGGUCC